CAUUGAAACGGCGUCGUUUUCCAACUUUGAAAGUAAGCUUGGGGUGCUGGUGGUGCUGUCUCCCUCUCUUCUUCCCUGUGCGUGUUCAGUUAGUUUCAAAUUGCCGUCCUGGGAGACGGGACAGUCGGUCAACAACAAAGCGACUGCUUUUGUUAGGAAAGUAAAAGAGAGGCUCUUCUUUGGUCCUUUUACGAAUCAUAAAAAUGUCGAUGGGGAGUGACACGACGUGGGUUGGCAAGAAGCCUCUCAGACGCAUCGGUGGCAUGGCCGAUGCUAUCUCCAUUGCUGCCGAUCUCGGUUUCUCCGUCUCUCUUCCACCUGCCCAGGAAGACCUCCAAAACUUAUCAAAUGGUGAAAAGGGCGACAACUUAAUAAGAGUUUUGAGGGAGUUAACUACUGUACAAAGAAAGAUAGCAGAUUUACAAGUGGAACUUCAAGGUCGAAAGGAUGAUAAGAAUGUGGCACAUUUGACACAUGCGAGUGAAAUGGAAAAGAAGAUCGAGACUCUAACAAGGAUUACCACUAUAUUGAAAGAUGUUAUUCAGAACAAGGACCGCAUCAUAGCUCGUCUUCAACAGCCCUAUUCUCUUGAUUGCAUUCCAGUGGAAGCAGAAUAUCAGAAACAAUUUUCGGAAUUGCUGAUGAAGGCUGCCAGUGAUUACAGUGGCUUGACAGCUUCUGUUGCAGAUUUCCAGUGGAGUCAAAACUUCAGGGAGUCUCCCUCAGUAUGGGGGGAAAUGCUCCGUCCAAUUCCUGUUGCUCUGGCAUCAUGUACUCGGUUUUUUGAAGCCAUGUCUGCCAUGCGAGAAUCGUUUACUACGCUACAAAACUUAAGAGUUGGUCAUUCAUCUUUGCCUACAACACCAGCAAAGGACACCUCCCAAAGGGUACCUGGGGAUUCAGACUGUGUGACCCCUCUUCCAUGGAGAAAUGAAUCAAGCUUUGAUGACUUAGCUAUCAAGAGCCUGAGGAUAUCAGAACUUGAGGGUCAAGAAGCAGAGGACGUUAGUAGUGAAGUUGGCGACUCUAAUCAGGUUGAUGGCACUAGUCACAGGAGAUUGUCUUGGCCUCCAUCAGUCAAGAAAAGCGGUAUGUAGUCUUUGUGCCAUCCAUGUAUCCAUGUAAAUGUCUGUUUUGGGGUUUGUGUUCAUCUGCACUAUUAUGGAAUGAAAUUCUUCCUGAUGUUGCAUCAAAAUUGUGAUAUCUUCCUCCAAA